AUGCGGGCAGCUAGGCCGCCAUGGUGGUGUCCGGCUACGCGCCCCCACGGGUGCGCCACCGCUGUCCCAGCCCGGAGCCUCGUGGUUCCCAACAAUGACGAACUGGAAGACCCUGAAGAGGCAAAUCCAUUCUCCUUUAAAGAAUUUCUGAAAACCAAGAACCUCGGUCUGUCGAAAGAGGGCACGACCAACAGCAGAAUUUAUCCAAAGGAAGCCUCGAGGCACUCACUGGGACUGGACCACAGCUCCCCUGCUCCCCAGACUGUGGGGUAUGGCCUGGAAUAUCAGCAGCCAUUUUUUGAAGACCCCACAGGGGCUGGUGAUGUCCUGGAUGAGGAGGAGGAAGAUGAGGACAGUGGGUGGAAUGGGGCCUAUUUGCCGUCUGCUGUGGAGAAGACUCACUCCUCCAGGACCACGGCCAGCACAUCACCCUGUGGCACGUACCUUUCCUUUCUCUCCACCCCAUCGGAGCUGGCGGGGCCUGAGUCUCUGCCCCCCUGGACACUGAGUGACACAGAUUCACGCAUCUCUCUGGCAUCUCCAGCAGGGAGUCCUAGUGCAGAGUUUACAACUCAUGGGGAGUCUCUGGGAGACAGACACCUGCGGACGCUGCAGAUAAGUUAUGAAGCACUGAAAGAUGAAAAUUCUAAGCUAAGAAGAAAGCUGAAUGAGGUUCAGAGCUUCUCUGAAACUCAAACAGAAAUGGUAAGGACGCUUGAGCGGAAGCUAGAAGCAAAGAUGGUCAAGGAGGAGAGUGACUACCACGACCUGGAGUCAGUAGUCCAGCAGGUGGAGCAGAACCUGGAGCUGAUGAUGAAAUGGGCUGUAAAGGCAGAAAAUCACGUUAUGAAGCUGAAACAGGAAAUAAACUUGCUCCAGGCACAGGUCUCCAACUUCAAGCAUGAGAAUGAAGCCCUGAGGUCAGGCCAGUGUGCCAGCCUAACGGUGGUAAAGCAGAACACUGACGUGGCCUUACAGAAUCUCUGUGUUGUCAUAAACAGAGCACAUGCAUCCAUCAAGCAACUGGUUUCUGGAGCUGAAACACUGAAUUUUGUUGCUGAAAUUCUUAAAUCUACAGACAGAAUUUCUGAAAUUAAAGAUGAGGAGAAGUCUUAA